GCCACAGUGGACACAACAGGUUUAGCGCCUUAACGGAGAGAGAUUCACGACCCCGAGAAUAAACCGUACCGCGUCAAAGACGAACACUAUGAUAACACUGUCAUAAGUCUGACAGGAACAGUGCAAACGGUUCAGUAAUGAUACGAACUCUCGGUACCGGCCCUGUGUGCGCACGCUUACUCUCGCAGGGAUCAAAGUCUAAAGCGUGCAGAGCUGCACAUCAUUGCGGCUCGUUUGAUGUGGCAGUUGUUGGAGGAGGGAUUGUUGGGCUGGCCUCAGCUAGAGAGCUGAUCCUCAGGCACCCAAACAUCAGCUUUGCCCUGCUGGAGAAAGAGAAAGAGUUAGCUCUCCAUCAAACGGGUCACAACAGUGGUGUGAUCCACAGUGGCAUUUACUACACACCAGGUUCUCUGAAGGCUCAGCUUUGUGUUCGUGGGGCCACAUUGACAUAUCAGUACUGCCAGAAGAAAGGUGUCCCUUUUAAGAGAUGUGGCAAGCUGAUAGUAGCAGUGGAGAGAGAGGAGAUUCCCCGUCUGAAGGCUCUGUACGAACGUGGUCAGAAGAACAAUGUACGAGAUCUCCGUCUGGUUGACGCCAAAGGCAUCCGAGAGAAGGAGCCAUACUGCAGGGGCAUCAUGGCACUGGACUCUCCUUACACAGGGAUUGUUGAUUGGCGGGUUGUGGCUCUGACCUAUGGUAAAGACUUCCAAGAAGCAGGUGGUACUGUGUUGACCAGCUUUGAGGCCUCUGACAUCACAUUGGCAGCAGAGAGCCCAGCUGGGAGCACUGAGGGCCUGAAGUAUCCCAUCAUCAUCAGAAGCUCAAAGGGGCAGGAGGUGAGGUGUCGGUUUGUGUUGGCGUGUGGAGGCCUAUACUCCGAUCGAUUGUCUGAGAUGUCUGGCUGUAGUUCAGAGCCCCGUAUCAUUCCCUUUAGAGGAGAUUAUCUGGUGCUGAAGCCAGAGAAAAACUACCUUGUCAGGGGCAACAUCUACCCUGUGCCGAACCCACGGUUCCCGUUCCUGGGAGUGCAUUUCACUCCUCGUAUGGAUGGCAGUGUCUGGCUGGGCCCAAAUGCAGUGUUGGCGUUUAAACGAGAGGGCUAUAAACUCUAUGAUUUCAACGCACAAGAAUUUAUUAAUGCACUCUCAUACAGGGGUCUGCAGAGACUGGUACUGAAGAACAUUGUGUAUGGAGUGGGAGAAAUGUAUAGAGGGGUGUUUACCGGUGCUCAGGUGAAGAUUCUGCAGAAAUUCAUACCUGAACUGAGCCCCAGUGAUGUCCUAAGAGGGUCAUCAGGCGUGCGUGCACAAGCUUUGGAUGCUGAAGGAAACUUGGUGGAUGAUUUUGUGUUUGACGGUGGGAAGGGAGAGCUGGGCAGCAGAGUUAUGCAUGUACGCAAUGCACCAUCACCCGCAGCAACCUCCUCCCUGGCUAUCGCUGAAAUGGUCGCAGAUGAGCUGGGGAAAAGAUUUCAGCUAUAGACAUGUCUACUUGUGAUGUCACAAGGCUCGGCAUUGACAUCAUUAUGAUUACACUAUCACUCUGAUACCUUGAUUCAGAGAAUAAUGAUCCAAUAGGUUUUUAUAAACAAACUAGUAUAGUUGAAUGAAACAGGUGUGUAAUGUGAUGAGAUUUUUGGUGCUCUUUUCUAAUGUAUAGUCAUUUCUGAAAUGCUGGGUAACUGUAUAUGUCUUUAUAAAUCUGACAAGCAAUUCUUUUGAAAUGUUGUAAUCCCCAUGUUCAGUUAAAUGGCAAGCGUUUACAUGAUUUCUAACUAGAUAAUUUUGCUCUUGACCACAUGAGGGCAGUGGUUGGCUGGAAAUGUGGGUUUUUAGACGCGCAGUAUCUAAAAUAACUAUCUGCAAACCCUAAUAUUAUCUUUGGAGUUUUGGACAAAACGCAGUUAUUAAGAAUUCUAACUUUUUUUUUUAUAUAUUUCAUAUAAUUUUAUUGUGUAUAUAUAUAUAUAUAUAUAUAUAUACAAUAAAAAAUACUUUUAAGAAUAA